CUCUUCAAUCCCCCCUCCCUUUCUCCUUUUCCCUCCGUGUCUUGUAUUGCACAGCUAGCAAAGCUAAAGGAUUUGCAACAUGGAGAGCAUGAAUAGUUUUUGGCAGUUGGGAGAUGAUCUUCGAGGACAAUCAAAAGUCACAGGGGAUCACCAAUGGCUGAUGGUUGCCUCUAAACUGGCUGAACAGACGAGGAUAAAGGGUGAACGCAUGAGCAAUCUUGAUCUUUCCAAGGGUCCAUCUGAAAUAUGGACAAGGGAUAAAUUCGGUUUCCAGGAACACAACAAAUUUGAGAACCUUAACUUCAGUAUGCUAAACUUGGACCCCAAGAUGGGGGAUAAUGUUAGCAAAAGCUCGUUCCAAAAUGGUACUUACAACAUGAAUGUUGUUUACCGGAAAAACAAUUGCAAUGGCCUUGGAAAUGGGAACCUGACUGGCAGCAAAUAUGUUGGCAACAAUCAUAGCAACAAAGAUGUCGACACUAAGAGCAAGACCAACAAUAACAACAGCAACGAGAACAGCAAUUUGAACAAUGCUGUUGACAAACGAUUCAAGACGUUGCCUGCAGCUGAGACACUCCCAAGAAAUGAGGUUCUUGGAGGAUACAUAUUUGUUUGUAAUAAUGAUACAAUGCAGGAAGAUCUGAAGCGCCAGCUAUUUGGUUUACCACCAAGAUAUCGGGACUCUGUUCGGUCAAUUACACCUGGCUUGCCUCUAUUUCUCUAUAACUACACUACUCAUCAGUUGCAUGGUAUUUUUGAGGCAACAACUUUUGGGGGUUCUAACAUUGAUCCAACUGCUUGGGAAGACAAAAAGUUUAAAGGCGAGUCAAGGUUUCCCGCUCAGGUGAGAAUCCGUAUUAGGAAACUCUGCAGGGCACUGGAAGAGGAUGCUUUUAGGCCAGUCUUGCACCACUUUGAUGGCCCCAAGUUCCGUCUCGAGCUCUCAGUUCCCGAGACGUUGGAUCUAUUAGACCUUUGUGAACAAGCAGGUUCUCCAUAAGCAAAAUGUUGCCGAGUGCAAAUGUGGUAGGGUUUAUGGUUAUAGUAAGGCCGCCUGCUUUUCAGAGAUUUGCCGUAAGAGCGCAAGCCGUGGGUUUAAAACCAGUUGGCGAAUCAUCUUUGGAAGAAGUGAGAAAUGGCGUUAGCCAGCUGAAUAAGAAUUUGCAUUUUGUGUAUUGUGAAGAAGCUUGGUUAACUUUUGCGUUAUAUUCUUAUGUAUUAAAAAUGCUACAGAUACACUUGUAAGA